CUUGGUUUCCAAGAUUUGAAACCCCAUGAGGUCAAUGAGUGAUCGGCUAUAAAGUCACGAAAUAUCAAAUUCCCCACUUCAAUGAUCUCCGUCAUAUUAUCCGUAAUCGAGUGUGUCUCCCGCUUGAUCAAGAAAGGACCUGAGAAACAGCGCGAUCGACAAGUCUAGAUAUUAAUCAUUACUUCCAGUAAUCAACAUGUCCGAAUCACCCGAUAACCAUCCCAGAACCUCCGUCUCUGGCGGUUCAGGCUCUCAGCCCACGCCAGCCAACAAUGUCAGUGGCGGGUCUAGUUCAGGUGGCGAUGGAAACUCCCACGAGCUUCUGAAUGAGGGACCAGGCCAUAUAGGCGCUCAUAAUCCGCGAUCUACCAUUGGAGGAUUCCUUGGUCUCGAAGAUCAGAAGUCUCGCGCAGAGAACAACUUUCUCGCUCGGGCGGAUCUGGCAUCGGGUAAAGAACAAAUUGGACGAACCUGUGAUACCGAGGACCAUAGUUUUAUGGGCAAGAAGCCAGGGGAGUCAGAUACUCUUCCAGGAUGGCAGACCAUCAAGAGCAUCAUCCCGGGUGCGAGUGGACCGUCCCAUUAGAUCGAACAACGACGGCUUCUACUGCGACGAUAGCACACUCCCUAGUCUGGUCGUGUCAUGAGUUCGCUGUAUGAGCCUGGGUCUAUAAUUGCUAUUGAUGAAUAUCUUACGAAUA